AGGGGGAUCGGAUGCCGGGAGUACCCUCCCGAACGCGGCUUUCCGUUACCGCGUCGAGACCGUCCGUCGGCGGUUGGACGGACGCGAUGAGGCUGGGCGGAUGUCGCCCGUGACGGGCGGAUGACGCCUUGGCGUGCGUGGCGAAGAAGAAAGGAAUGGCGCGAGCUUUAUCAUGGGAAUAACGAAUCCGCUAAGUAAUCAUAUAAACUGUCAUAAGAAAAAGAAAGCUAUGUUAUGUUAUUUUCUAGCGGCCAUUAUAUGUGGUUUGAUUCCUGCUGUUGGUCCUUUUUUGUUGAACUUUUAAACUCUGAACCUGAGGCCUUGUAGUCGAUCUCGUUUAAAAAACUGUCGUCAAACAUAGAAGAAGGAAUCCAACGAUCAUUACCAUGGCAUUUUUCUUUCUUUUAUUUAUUUGUUCAACAAUGAAAUAUCUGACUCAUCAAAAAAUACACAAAACAAAUGGUCACUCGACUUACUUUUGUAUAUAUAUCUCCGUGUCUCGACCUGUCGAGACCGGACACUCCUGGUCCCUUUUUCACAUGCAGAACGGUGUUAGCGUUGACGCGUUAUGGUUUUGGUUUCGAAAUUGUCACACCGGUUCAGUCUAUUUUUGUGACAAAGAAAUUGACUUGAGGGCUAAAAACAGAAUCGGUGCCAACUCGGAAUUAAAGGUCGAGGGACGGAUUUUUUUUUUUGAAAAAACAUAUGCGCGCGUACUUUUUAACAAGCUCGGGGAAUAGGCUUGCUCCUGCCCCCUGUAGUCCUGUCCUGUACGUACGUCUGACCUGGGUCAAAGAAUAGCCGGAGGCUCCUGCAGGCCGCGCAAUUCUUUGGCAUGGCUAUCCCCGGCUUUCUCUCCGCCCAGGGACCUCUCACGCGCUUCUUUAACUGACCGUGGUUUGCUUCCUCCUCCGUGCCUCAUCGAUCGAUCGUAGUCUCCUCCGGCCGACUACUCGUCGCCGCGCGGUUUUAGGCCGUCGCGGCCUUCAUAUGGCCCUUCGCCUCCUCCUGCCUUUCUCCUCCUAGCACCACGCCCCGCGCCUCCUCUUACUGCCAAAUCCGCCUUCGAUCGGGGCCUGGCCUCUCUCGUCUCCGCUCUCGAGAAUGAAGGUGGAUCAUCUCGAGCAGCAGCAGGGCAUGGCGGACGGCGGCGGCCUCCCGCGGUGCAGGAGCGUGAAGGCACCCUCCGCCGCCUCCCCGCUCGGCAUCGGCGGCGGCGCCAACACCUCCUCCUCCACGCCGCAGAAUAAGCCGGCGCGCGCGUCGACGUCGACGCCGACGACGCCGGCGUACGUGCGCCACAAGCCGCCGCCGUCCUCCAUCAACUGCAUGGGCAUGGUCACCACCGACACGCCGCCGGCCACCCCCAAGCAGCCGCAGCCGCCGCAGAGAUCGUCUUCCUACUACGGGUCGUCGAUGUGGUCCCCGCGGAAGCUGAUGCAGCGGGCCUCCCGCGCCUUCCGCAGCGGCCGGUCCUCUUCCCGGCGGAAGAAGAAGAGCGCCAUGGCCGCGGCAGACCUCGAUGUCGAUAGUCCCAGGUCGGUCGCCAGCAAGGGGUCCGACGCCGACAGCGCCGUGUCCUUCGACGAGCAGCAGAUCCCCGAUGACGUCAUCGUCGUUGACAACGGUCAACCGGAGGAGGAGGAGGAGCCAAAGAUCGAGCCCGUGCCGGUGCCGGAGAAGAUCAUCCACGAGGCGAACCCCUCGUCGCCGGUGACCAAUCAGAUCCAGGCCCCAGCGCCGGCCGUGGCUGAGACAGAGACAGAGGAGCCGGCGGCGGCGGCGGAUUGCAAGGACUCGCCGGCGCCGGAGGAGGAGACUGUCCCCACCGCCCCUGCCGCCAUUGCCGCCGCCCCUGUGGAGAAGCAGCCGCAGCAGCAGCAGGAGGAGGAGGAGCCUAAGAAGGCAGCCGCCGCAGCUCCGGCUCCGGUACUGGAGGUCGCCGUGGCCGUGGAGGAGAAGAAGAAGGAGGAGAUGAAGGCGGAGGUGGUCCGGAGGUUCCAGAUGAGGAGGACGGCGUCGGCGGAGGGGCGGCGGCGGAGCAGCGGCGGCGGCAACGACGUGGUGGAGGAGGCGCGGAGCAAGCUGCUGGAGAACAUGCGGCAGGGGAACCGCGUCAGGGCGCUCGUCGGCGCAUUCGAGAACGCCAUGGUCGCCGACGACCGCCGCAGCGCCAGCCUCAACCGCCGCCAACCCAAGCCCAACGUCAGCUUCCGCGUCUGAUCAAGUUUAAUUACUUCGUGCGCCGCCGCGCGCGUUGGUUGAUUAAUUUAUUUAUUUAUCCCCCGCUGAUCGAUUCCUUAAUAAUAAUUCGACCCCGGCACGCGCGCCAAAAUUUUUGUCGUCCGCGUCGUCGUCUUCGGUCGAGCCAUCGAUGGCUACGGUUUCGGUUAUAAGUUUUUUUUUUCCUUUUUUUGCCAGGAGGGAGAUGCUUGAUGUAUUUUUAUUACUCUACCAAUUUUCGACACGAAUACAUCGAUUGCUUUUCUCCCCUGCA